GGAAAGGGGUGUUGGGCUGUCAGGGGGUCUCCCCUCGUGCUGUUCCCCCCACAAAUACCAGCACUGCCCUGCUUGGCUGCGGGGCUCUGUGGGGAGGGUUGCCUCUUCCCCCAGUGUCCUUCCUCCUCGUUGCUGGGACGGCAUUGGAGUUAAACCUCACCCUCCCUUCCUGGAGCACAGCCUCACCUGUGUCAAAGCAGCUCCACCACCAACCCUUUGCCUCCUCGGCUCCCAGCUCCCUGCCUCUCCGGGAAAUCCCAGGGCCCCAAAGUCCUUCUGCAAUUGCAGAAAAAUAAUCGGGGUGCAAUAAUCUCUCAGCACCCUGCAUGAAGAAGCAAGACAAGGGCACACGUCCAGGGCACUCUGACCGCCGUGGCCCUUCACCCCAGCUCCGGCAGGAUUAGGCCCUGGGCUUGCAGGGCUGUGGUUUCACCCUGAACUCUAGUAACCCUGGCAGGCUGGGCGCCGGAGAGGAAGUGCGGUGUGAUUGGAGUGCUCGAACCUCGGGUGACAGCGAGAAGCCGGCUUCAAUUAGCCGUCCCGACAUGGGCAGGUCUCAGGUCUCUCUCCUGCCCCCGUCCUCCUCCGUUUCCUCCUGCCCCUCGCUGUGUGUCGCUGGGGCUGGCAGGAGCCGGCUGAGUCAGCGGCUCCGGAGGGCUUUAUCUUCCAGCUGAGCUGUUUGUGCAGCCAGGGCAAAAGUUUCCCCGCACACGGGUUGUGCACAGCCAGGGGAAGGCUCCAGCCCAUCCUGCACUGUCGUCUCGUGGGGGAAGCUCCCGAGCCCCCAGGGGUGGCCCUGGAUUUCUCCCCGGAGCUAGGGGCCAACUUCGGGGUGCCCCUUGUUGAAUGGGCUGUGUCAGGGCUUCGCCCGGUCCGUGGAGGUCCCGACCUGAAGCCAGGAGUUGCAGAGAGCCGCCCCACGCACCGCCUUGAGCCCUGCUUCUCUGGAUUCAUGCCCAGCUCCACGGGACACGACCACGGACAGAGGGAUCAAGACUCCGCGGCAGAUGGGGAGAGGCCCGAGCUCCUUCCUCCCCGUGGAAGAGAUCUUGCAGGAGGGGGCGGAGAACGCCCAGCGGCGGAUCUUCAUCGAGGCCUUCGUGUCCACGGGCAGGGUGGACAACAUCACCAUGGUGAUGGGGCUGCACCCCAAGUACCUCUCCAGCUUCUGGAGGACCCAGUACCUGCUGCUGUGCAUGGACGGGCCCCUGCCCCACCACAAGCGCCACUACAUCGCCAUCAUGGCGGCGGCCAGGCACCAGUGCUCCUACCUGGUGGGCUUGCACAUGGGCGAGUUCCUGCAAGCUGGGGGGGACCCGGAGUGGCUCCAGGGCCUGCACUGUGCCCCCCAGAAGCUGAGGAACCUCAACGAGAUCAACAAGAUCCUGGCGCACCGGCCCUGGCUCAUCACGAAGGAGCACAUCGAGGCCCUUCUGAAGACAGGAGAGAACAGCUGGUCGCUGGCCGAGCUCAUCCAGGCCCUGGUGCUCCUCACUCAUUACCACUCGCUCGCCUCCUUCGUCUUCGGCUGUGGCAUCAACCCAGAGAUCGACCACGAGGGGGGACAUGCUUUCCAGCCGCCCUCCCCGCGCAGCUGUGACAGCAGCCCAGCCUCCGAGGAGGGGGUCAGUGGCUCCGGGGGCAGAGACGCCAUGCAGGAGGUGGAGGUGCUGAUGGAGAGGAUGAAGCUCCUGCAGGAGUGCCAGCUGGAGGAGGAUGAGGUCACCCAGGAGGAGAUGGAGACGCGCUUCGAGCUGGAGAAGACGGAGAGCCUGCUUGUCGCCCCCUCGGUAGACAUCGUUGAGCACUCCCUGCCCCCCAACGUCCUGUGCUUCGUGGAGGAUCCUGGCUUCGGCUACAAGGACUUCACACGGCGAGGAGAACAGACCCCCCCCACCUUCCGAGCGCAGGAUUACACAUGGGAAGACCACGGCUACUCGCUGAUCAACCGCCUGUACCCGGACGUGGGGCAACUGCUGGACGAGAAGUUCCAGGUGGUCUACAACCUGACCUACAACACCAUGGCCAUGCACCACGGCGUGGACACCUCCACGCUCCGCCGCGCCAUCUGGAACUACGUGCACUGCGUCUUCGGCAUCCGGUAUGACGACUACGACUACGGGGAAGUGAACCAACUCCUGGAGCGCAGCCUGAAGGUCUACAUCAAGACGGUGGCCUGCUACCCCGAGAAGACCACGCGGCGCAUGUACACCCACUUCUGGCACCACUUCAAGCACUCCGAGAAGGUGCACGUGAACCUGCUGCUGCUGGAAGCCCGGAUGCAGGCGGCCUUGCUGUAUGCGCUGCGAGCCAUCACCCGCUACAUGACCUGACGGGGCUGUGCCCCCCUGCCCCACCCCACCCCAGCCACGGGGGCAGGGGAGUAGGGGGGCAGGAGGUCACCUGCUUGGAAAGACUCAAUCUCUGGGACCUGUCAGCAAGGACUUGGGGUCCUCUGUCCACAGGGCCCAGAGCAACAGAGAGGGGGGAUCCUGCCCCUGGAAGCCAAACCGUUCAGCCCCCGCAGUGUGAAGAACCACCUCGGCCGUGCCCAGUGUCCCCCAUUGACGCUGCCCCCGUCCCGUGACCCGCCCCCGUGGCCACGGUGCUGGCGAGGGCAGGGGCUGGGGGCUCUUGCUGCAGCCUGGGGCUGGGGAGGGGGCUCCGACGUCCACGUGCCUUUCUCCCGAAACCGAAGUGAACUCCAGCGGCGGCACGGCCACCCCCUGCUGCUGCCUUCCCGAGCCCGGGGCCCAGCGCCGCAGAUCCCUGGCCUCUGAGAACCUCGCCUCGUACCAAAGAGAUCUCCCAGGAUCCACCCAGCGGCUGUGAAUGGAUUCUCCCCCCCCCCCCCCCAGCCCUGCUCCUCCGUGGCUCUGUAUCACUGUAAGACUUGGACCGCUCACACUCGAGGCAUCUCAGCCCCAGGCGGUGGCGGGUUGCGGCAGGAUCAGGAUCGGGUCCCGGCUGACACUAUGUGACGGGGCUUCUCCUGUGCUGGGCACCGCCGGCUCUUGCACUCCAAAUCCCCGACACGGCCGCAGGAAGGAUGCUGGGGAGAGCUGGGGGAGCAGCCCAGCGCGGCGCCGAGGUGGCUGCACAGACACCGCGCGGGACAGAGGGACAGAUCUCUGCUUCCCCAAACCCCUCUGCACUGAGGGUGCGAGGAGACAGUCCCGUCUCUGUGCCACCACCCCGCACGUCUGUCCUGUUCGACACUCAGCCCUCCGGACACCGGGGUCUGCCCUGUGGGCGCAGCCGCUCUCCUCUGCUGUUGCCACCUGGGCGGAAGCAUCGGCAGGAGGGAGGACUGGAUGGGAGCCUCGGCCCUGGCACUAGCUGAAUGAAAGCGUCUCCAGGUGCUGGGGGCAGUCAGGCUGGGGACGGGGUCCUCUGCGGUCAGCAAGCCCUGGCAGCUCUCUGCAGGACAUCUGAGCCCCGAUUCACGUGAACGCCCUGGAGGGCACCCGGGACUUUGGCCCAGGGGUGUUAUCGCAUCUCACCAUUUGGUCCGCAGCACAUUUCCCUCCGGCCUCGCAGCCCUGGCACCUCCUCCAGGUGGGAUCAGCUUCCCCGCAGGGUGGGGGGAUAGCUGGGGCUAAGCCAGCGCUGGCAACCCAGGCCGAGGGAAUGGCUCUAAGCUGUGAAGAAAACCGAGAGGCCUUUUUUUAAAAUGAUUAUUUAAGUUGAUUUUCCCCUCUUGCAGCCUGGCCUCCCGCCCCAAGCCUUGCCUCUGAGCCUCCCCUUGCACUGCAACCCUAAAGGGUUCAUGCCUCGUGUUCCUGGGGACCUGGCAGCAUCUGCAGCUUCCAGCCAGUCACCAGGACACCCCUUGUUUUGGGUCUGCCUUGCAUGGAGACCCCCGUCUGCUCCGGGGGGACUCGUACCCUGGCUCUGCUUACCCCCUGGGGAGGCAGGCGCCAUCCCUUCUGCCCUUGGGGGACGUCACUCCCAGCACCCGUCAGCCUUGCAGCCCUGCUGCAGACCCCAGCCCUGGAUUCUGCUUUUGGGACUGACCCCGCAGCAGCCAGGCAGAGUGCGGGGGGUCAUUCGCAGGCUGUCAUUUUUUUUUUAAUGGCUCUAAAUGUCGGUAUUAGCUGGAGCAGCCUCAUUGCACAAGGGCCCAAAGACGGCGGGAGAGGGGCCGGGAUGAUGGCUGCUUGGCCCAGGGGAAGCAGAGCAUGGAGCUUCCUCCCGUGGGUAGAAAGAGCAAGCGGCAUCGUGUGCGGUGAGCCUGUGCAUUGCCCGCUCGACCCUGUGUGCAUCUCCAGCACUGGCUCCUUGUCCCCCCCGCUCACUGCAGUAUUGCACGCCUGCCCCGGCGGGCUACAGCCAUCGCGCUCCCGGUCGCGGGUAGGUUUUGCACAGCGCUCCCCGGCCGUCUCCGUUUCCCGCCAGCAAGUUCCUUUCCCGGGGUGGCUCGGCCGCCGUUUACCAGCCGCGGGGUUACGAUGGCUGAGGGGGGACACACAGACUAGCUUUAUCCCGACGUGCCACAGCAUUUCACAUAGGUGCCGGUCGCUGUGAAAUGCCCUUGCCCACCCCCUGCCUUCCCGCCCCCCCGCAGGACGCUGCGUGGGCCCGACAGCUCCACCCGCCCGGCGUGGAAGCACGAAUGUUGCCCCGUGUUGCUGACCUGUAGCUCUCUGUAAGUUAUUAUUUGGGGGGGGGGUUAGUCCUGCCUGGGCAGGCAUCUGCCCCCGGGACUUUGCUACCAAUGCCGGCAGGUCAAUAAAAGCCUUUUUUCUUUUUU